UAAUCUAUAUACAAUGAAUCCAGCAAGACUUCCUUAUUUUAUCAAGGGUUACAAUUCUAGCAUUAGCCAUGAUAAACUGAAAAUACCUUCAAAGUUUGACAAACAUUUAGAAGGGAAAACAAGCGGAACGAUAUCUUUAAAGGGUCCCAGUGGAAACACAUGGCAGGCUGAUCUGGGAGAGCAAUCCGAUGGUUUGUAUAUCUUGGAUGGAUGGGAAGCUUUUGUGCGAGAUCAUUAUUUAGAGAAUGGGGACUGUUUAGUUUUCAGAUAUGAUGGUAAUUUGCAUUUUACAUUACAAAUCUUUGACCAAAGUGCAUGUGAGAAAGAAACGGCGUUUUCUGCCGAGUGCCAUCAAGAUUUGAGUAUUUUUGAUCAGCAUUUUGGAAAGAAGAGGGAAAGGGAACAUGCAUCUUUGUUGAGUCAUAAGGUUGACUCUGUGCCAAAGAAAGCAAGAAGUUCACCUUCCCAUGAAGCCAUGAACCUAUCUAAGAUGUACACAAGACAACAAGAAACCAUCAAUGGGCGUUGUGAAGUUGCAGACUUUUUGAAUGGCUCGGAAUAUUGUGGCCGUGCCUUGAAGAAUCCCAUAAUUUCCGUUAUGCCGCUAUCAGAGGUAUGCCCUACUGAUGAUGAGUUGGGACGGUUAUCGGCGUCUGAAGCCGACAAGAUAGUUCAAGCAUUUACUUCAAGUUUUCCUCACUUUAGCCAAGUUAUGAAAAGGUUCAACGUAAGCGGUUCGUAUACUUUGAAUGUUCCAUAUCAGUUUGCGACGGCAUACCUUCCAAACUGCAAAGUAAAGGUUGUUCUUUACAACUCAAAAGGUGAAUCUUGGACUAUUAAUUCAAUUCCAACCAUAAGAGUGCAAACUUCACAUACUUUCUGUGGCGGGUGGCUGAGUUUUGUUCGUGAUAAUGACAUUAAUGUGAGAGAUGUCUGCAUAUUUGAACUAAUAGGCAAGUGUGAGUUGCGUGUGAAUAUUCUUAGAAUUAGACAGGAAUCAUUAGACUAUGAAGAUGGUGAUGUUAACGGGUUGACUAAUGGGGCUUCUCAGAAGAUGAAUGGAAGGUUGGAUAAGAAUGUCAAAGCAAAAUCUCGUAAAACCCAGAGUCUCGCUUUACUUGGAGAUCAGAAGGUUGGUUUCUCCAUUGAUAAGGUCAAACACGGUAUUGCAGCCAAGGGAUCUGUUGCUGGUUCCCAAUCAAGAACCGCUGAUGGAAAGUCAGGGAAGAUAAAAAGUUUACCAGAAAAAAGGGGUUCUUCUAAGACGGGGUGUACGUCAUUGAAGUCAGCACCGGAGGAAAAAAUAGCUGCCGAAUCUUUCAUUACUACCUUCCCUUAUUUUGUUAGAGUCAUGAAAAAGUUCAACACCGGUGGAUCUUACACUCUUAAAGUUCCGUAUCAGUUCUCCAUGGAGCACCUUCCUAACUGCAGAACAGCGAUUAUUCUCCACAAUUUAAAAGGAGAACGCUGGACGGUAAACUCAGUUCCAACAGUUAAAGUACAGACGCUGCAUACCUUUUGUGGAGGAUGGAUGGCUUUUGUUCGUGAUAAUGGCAUUCAAAUGGGAGAUAUCUGCAUAUUUGAGCUUAUCGGUAGAUGUGAAAUGCGUGUGCACAUAUCUAGUGCUGGAAAGAAUAUCUUUGAUUUAGAAUAUCCAACUGACCUCCAAAUGAAUUAGGCAAUGAGUCAGAUUGAUAAACAAAAGACUGGUGGUGCUUUUUCUUCUCUUUUGGGAGGUUGCUUAUUUGAGCUGGUGUCAAUGUUAUGGCAAAACAUAAUGGGAAGUUAGCAAGAGUGAAAACAGAUUAUGGUACAUGUUUUAUCUGUCAACCCUUUUGGAGAACAUUUUGUUAGUCAUACAAUUACAUCUUGCUCCAUAACUCAUAACAACCUCCUGGACUUGUACAUAACCUAUUUGGUCUAUAAAUCCUUUAGUUUAGUACAGUUAUAACUUA